AUGUAUAAUUCGGUUUUGGAAAGUCCAUAUCAAACUCCAAAUUUAAUAUCGAUGGAACCAUUGCAACCAUUACCGACACCUGCAUAUAGUCCUUUAAUUUCUUUUGGUGAUCCAGUCCAAAAUUUCAACUAUUUUAAUCAACGGCGCCUUAUUAGUGAUCCCAUUUACGAUUCUGACUAUCAACGGAAUUUAUCUCACCCCGGACGCAUACCUUCUAGUCCACAAAAACCUCCUGUAUAUACUAAAUGGACAGAAGAAGAAGAUGAGCUUUUACGUGCAGCUAUAAGCAUUUAUGGUCCACAUAAAUGGUCUCUCAUCGCAGCACACGUCCCCAACCGAACACCCAUGCAAUGCUCCACGAGAUGGUUAGGAGCAUUGAAUCCUACUAUCCAUAAGGGACGAUGGACGCCGGAAGAAGAUGCUGCUUUAAAAGAUGCGGUUGGUGAAUUUGUGGAUCUUAUUGAUUCGGAUGGGCAUCCUCAACCUAUUCCUUGGAAUAAAAUUGCGUCUAGGAUUCCACAUCGUACCGGUAUUCAAUGUCAGGCACGAUGGUCUGAAGCACUUGACCCAAGUGUUAGAAAAGGAAAAUGGUCGCCUGAUGAGGAUGAAAUAUUGAAAGAAGGUGUUCGACGCUAUGGAAGGUGUUGGAUCCGUAUUGCUGAAUUAAUAGAAGGCAGGACUCAGGACGCGAUUCUCUCCAAAUCCAAUACAAAUAAUUCUACCGAUGAUGAUAAUGAGGAAGGUUUGUCAAUAUUAACACCACCAAAUACAACACCGUCUACUCCCGCCCAGACGGUGAUGCGUCCAACCCCUUUAAAUCACAUGCCUCCUCGAAGACAAUUAUCAGGAAUUCCUUCGAUAAUGAGUCAUAGCCCAAUAUUAUCAUCAUCACCGACAGAUACCGAGUCUUGUGUGACAACUCCCGAAAACACAUC